AUGGCUCCUCCUCACGGAAAUGGCACGGAGAAUGGGGACGUCGAAAAGGAAUACGCGAGACAACAGAGCGUCGACAACACCGCCGACACUGGCGAGUAUGGCAACUUGGUUCGCUUCAUCUCCAACUACAAAGACGGUCGGCGGGCUUCGAUCGCAGCAAGUAGUAUUGGAGCAGAGGAGCCAAAAAAGAAGUGGUGGCAGCGAAAAGGAAAGGGCGGCUCGGCCGACAGCUUCGAGACACCAGAGGAGUGGUUAAACACCGACUGGAAACAAGGUCUCAAGACCACUGAUGUCGAGUCUCGACGACGAAAGACCGGAUGGAACGAAUUGACCACCGAAGAGGUCAACCUGUUCCGUCAAUUCCUCGGAUACUUCCAAGGUCCAAUUCUCUAUGUGAUGGAACUUGCUGUCCUCCUCGCUGCCGGUCUCCAAGAUUGGAUCGAUCUUGGUGUCAUUAUUGGUAUUCUGUUGCUUAACGCCAUUGUUGGUUGGUAUCAAGAAAAGCAAGCCGCCGAUGUCGUCGCCUCUCUCAAGGGUGACAUUGCUAUGAAAUCUAUUGCCGUUCGUGAUGGUGCUGAGGUCGAAAUCCCAGCUCGUGAGCUUGUUCCCGGUGAUAUCAUUGUCAUCGAAGAUGGUACCGUCGUCCCAGCUGAUUGCCGAAUUAUCUCGGGUUACGACAACCCCAACGGUUACGCAGAAUAUCUCGCAGAACUCGAAGCACAACGCGGUGAUACCGUCAUCGAGGACGAGGACGAUGGAGCGGAGGCUGGUGAGAAACACGGGUCUGGUUACGCUCUCCUCGCCAUUGAUCAAUCUGCCAUGACUGGAGAAUCUCUCGCUGUCGACAAGUACGUCGCCGACGCCGUCUACUACACUACUGGUUGCAAGCGUGGAAAGGCUUAUGCCAUCGUCACUCACUCGGCCAAGAUGUCCUUCGUCGGUCGCACUGCAUCUCUGGUUACCGGCGCUCAAGAUCAAGGUCAUUUCAAGGCUAUCAUGAACUCCAUUGGUACGGCGCUCUUGGUCUUGGUCGUCUUCUUCAUCCUCCUCUCCUGGAUCGGUGGUUUCUUCCACAACUUGCCAAUUGCCACUCCUAUGGACAGCUCCGUCAAUCUUCUCCACUACGCUCUUAUCCUCUUGAUUGUCGGUGUCCCCGUCGGUCUGCCAGUCGUCACCACCACCACCCUCGCUGUCGGUGCGGCGUACCUCGCCAAGGAGAAGGCCAUUGUCCAGAAGCUCACUGCCAUUGAAUCUCUCGCUGGUGUCGAUGUUCUCUGCUCCGACAAGACCGGUACGCUCACAGCCAAUCAACUCUCCAUCCGCGAGCCGUUCGUCGCUGAAGGUGUCGAUGUCAACUGGAUGAUGGCCGUCGCGGCUCUCGCGUCCUCCCACAACGUCAAGUCCCUCGAUCCUAUCGAUAAAGUCACCAUCUUGACCCUCAAGCGUUACCCAAAAGCAAAGGAUAUUCUCUCCCUCGGAUGGAAGACUGAGAAGUUCACUCCUUUCGACCCUGUCUCCAAACGUAUUACCGCGGUGGUUGUCAAGGAUGGUGUUACCUUCAUUUGUGCCAAGGGUGCGCCCAAGGCUAUCUUGAACCUCUCGUCCUGCUCCAAGGAAGUCGCAGAUAUGUACAAGGCCAAGACCACCGAGUUCGCUCGUCGUGGAUUCCGUUCUUUGGGUGUCGCCGUCAAGGAGGGUGACAAUGACUGGCAGCUCCUCGGAAUGCUUCCUAUGUUCGAUCCUCCUCGUGAUGAUACCGCUGCCACUAUCGCUGAAGCUCAAGUUCUCGGUCUCUCCGUCAAGAUGUUGACUGGUGAUGCUAUUGCUAUUGCUAAGGAAACUUGCAAGAUGCUUGCCCUUGGCACCAAGGUUUACAACUCUGAACGUCUCAUCCACGGUGGUCUCUCUGGUUCUACUCAACACGAUCUCGUUGAGAAGGCCGAUGGUUUCGCUGAAGUUUUCCCUGAGCACAAGUACCAGGUCGUCGAAAUGUUGCAAGAGCGUGGACAUCUUACUGCCAUGACUGGUGACGGUGUCAACGAUGCUCCAUCUCUCAAGAAAUCCGAUUGUGGUAUUGCCGUCGAGGGUGCUACCGAAGCUGCCCAAGCCGCCGCCGAUAUUGUCUUCCUCGCCCCUGGUCUUAACACCAUCGUCUCUGCCAUCAAGAUCGCUCGUCAAAUUUUCCAACGUAUGAAGGCAUAUAUCCAAUACCGUAUCGCUCUCUGUCUCCACUUGGAAGUUUACUUGGUCACCUCUAUGCUCAUCAUCAACGAGACUGUCCGUACCGAUCUCAUCGUCUUCCUUGCCCUCUUCGCUGAUUUGGCCACCAUUGCCAUUGCCUACGAUAACGCCCACUUCGAGCAACGUCCAGUUGAAUGGCAACUUCCAAAGAUCUGGGUCAUCUCCGUCAUCCUCGGUAUACUUCUCGCUCUUGGUACUUGGGUCCUCCGUGGUUCCCUUUUCUUGCCAAACGGAGGUAUCAUCCAGAACUACGGUAACACUCAGGGUAUGCUUUUCUUGCAAAUCUCCCUCACUGAGAAUUGGCUCAUCUUCGUCACCCGUGGAGCAAACACCUGGCCAUCUUGGCAACUCGUUGGCGCCAUCUUCCUCGUCGAUGUCCUCUCCACCCUCUUCUGUGUCUUUGGAUGGCUCACUGGACCAGGUGGAGUUGGAAUCCAAACCAACCCACCAACCCUCAACUCCCACUUCUCCGUCAACGGUGAUACCGAUAUCGUUACUGUUGUCGUCGUCUGGGGAUUCUCCAUCGGUGUCAUCAUCGUCGUCGCCAUCGUCUACUACCUCCUCAACAAGAUGUCAUGGCUCGAUAACCUUGGCCGUGCCAAGCGUAACCACGCCGAUACCAAGAUGGAGAACAUCAUCGGUCACCUCUCCAAACUCGCCCUCCAACACGAGCGUGAUGAGAACGGACUCGACCGCUGGCACAUUGCUCCUCGCGCAGCCGAUGCCGAGGAUGAUGACUAG